AUGUACACAUUUAGCAGCCAGCAACACUCCAGGCAAGGGGUGUCUCAGUCACCAGCAACACUCCAGGCAAGGGGUGUCUCAGUCACCAGCAACACUCCAGACAAGGGGUGUCUCAGUCACCAGCAACACUCCAGGCAAGGGGUGUCUCAGUCACCAGCAACACUCCAGGCAAGGGGUGUCUCAGUCACCAGCAUCACUCCAGGCAAGGGGUGUCUCAGUCACCAGCAACACUCCAGACAAGGGGUGUCUCAGUCACCAGCAACACUCCAGACAAGGGGUGUCUCAGUCACCAGCAUCACUCCAGGCAAGGGGUGUCUCAGUCACCAGCAACACUCCAGACAAGGGGUGUCUCAGUCACCAGCAUCACUCCAGACAAGGGGUGUCUCAGUCACCAGCAACACUCCAGGCAAGGGGUGUCUCAGUCACCAGCAUCACUCCAGGCAAGGGGUGUCUCAGUCACCAGCAACACUCCAGACAAGGGGUGUCUCAGUCACCAGCAACACUCCAGACAAGGGGUGUCUCAGUCACCAGCAACACUCCAGACAAGGGGUGUCUCAGUCACCAGCAUCACUCAAGGCAAGGGGUGUCUCAGUCACCAGCAACACUCCAGACAAGGGGUGUCUCAGUCACCAGCAUCACUCCAGACAAGGGGUGUCUCAGUCACCAGCAACACUCCAGGCAAGGGGUGUCUCAGUCACCAGCAUCACUCCAGGCAAGGGGUGUCUCAGUCACCAGCAACACUCCAGACAAGGGGUGAUGUGUCUGAGUCACCAGCAACUCUCCAGGCAAGGGGUGUCUCAGUCACCAGCAACACUCCAGACAAGGGGUGUCUCAGUCACCAGCAACACUCCAGUCACCAGCAACACUCCAGGCAAGGGGUGUCUCAGUCACCAGCAACACUCCAGACAAGGGGUGUCUCAGUCACCAGCAACACUCCAGGCAAGGGGAGAUGUGUCUCACACCAGCAACACUCCAGGCAAGGGGUGUCUCAGUCACCAGCAACAUUCCAGGCAAGGGGUGUCUCAGUCACCAGCAACACUCCAGACAAGGGCUGAUGUGUCUCAGUCACCAGCAACACUCCAGGCAAGGGGUGUCUCAGUCACCAGCAACACUCCAGACAAGGGGUGUCUCAGUCACCAGCAACACUCCAGACAAGGGGUGUCUCAGUCACCAGCAACACUCCAGGCAAGGGGUGUCUCAGUCACCAGCAACACUCCAGGCAAGGGGUGUCUCAGUCACCAGCAACACUCCAGGCAAGGAGUGAUGUGUCUCAGUCACCAGCAACACUCCAGGCAAGGGGUGUCUCAGUCACCAGCAACACUCCAGACAAGGAGUGAUGUGUCUCAGUCACCAGCAACACUCCAGACAAGGGCUGAUGUGUCUCAGUCACCAGCAACACUCCAGACAAGGGGUGUCUCAGUCACCAGCAACACUCCAGGCAAGGAGUGA